AAUCCUGCUCAGUAGGGUUAGAGCUCUGCUGCAAAAUGUCCUUCAAUGACGCGCUCGCCAUCAUUGGGGGAUUUACUGUUGUUUUCCACCUGCUGAGACUGGCCUGGAGAUGUUGGUGUGGAUUCAGACAGUUUGUUUUGUCCGAGCUUUGGCAUGUGGAUUUAAAGACAUUUGGGCAAUGGGCAGUUGUCACUGGUGCCACAGCUGGCAUUGGCAAAGCUUAUGCCUGUGAGCUGGCACAAAGAGGCAUGGAUGUUGUUUUGGUAAGCAGAUCUGAUGAUAAGCUUCAAAUGAUUGCCAAAGAAAUAGAGGAUCAGUACGGACGAAUGACUCGCACCAUCCGAGUGGACUUCACCGACUGUAUCUACGCUGCUAUCGCUGAACAACUGCAGGGACUGGAGAUUGGGAUUCUGGUUAACAAUGUAGGAAUGACCUACUCUGAUAAUUUUGCCUAUUUCUUGGAAAUACCAGACGCUGAACAGAGAAUCACUCAGAUUAUCAACUGUAAUAUGCUUUCAGUCCCUCAGAUGACCAGACUGGUUCUUCCAGGCAUGGUUGAAAGAGGGAAAGGGCUGAUUAUCAAUAUCUCCUCUGAAGUGGCCGUUCGUCCACAGCCUUUGUUGUCCCUCUAUUGUGCCACUAAGAUUUUUGUAACAUAUUUCUCUCAGUGUCUGCAUGCGGAGUACAAGUCAAAGGGAAUUAUAGUUCAGUGCGUGGCCCCCUUCAUGGUGUCCACCAACAUGACGAAACAUCGCACGGUCAACUUCUUUGUGAGGAGUGCUUCCGGCUUCGCCCGCGAGGCCUUGAACACCGUGGGUCACUGCAGCUACACCAGCGGCUGUCUGUCCCACGCGCUGCAGAACACGGCCCUCACAAUACUCCUGCCGGACUGGUUUCGUAUGUCAACGUUCCUCGUUAGAAAGUUCAGAAACUUCGCAACAGCCAGCCAACAUGAGACAAACGUGUGCAAGAAAAAGGAGAGCCUUGGUCACAAGGAGGAGUAGUCAUGUGACUGCGUCUGCACAGAAGUUCUUACCGACAUAGCGUUGACUUUUACAGCUUUAUAAGCUUGAGCAAACGACCACUGAACAGCUUCCUCAAAAUGUGUGCACUGUCAUGGCAUGGUUACUGUAAUAAAUAAACUGCAGUAAAAAUAUAAAUGAUGUUAUAGU